GCUUGAACCAAACACAACAAUGGCGGCAGCGGCAGAGCAGCAUAUGAAGCCUCAUGCUAUCAUGGUGCCAGUCCCUCUUCAAGGCCACUUAAUCCCUUCCGUGGAGCUCGCACUCAAGCUCGCUUCAAACGGCUUCACCAUCACCUUCAUCAACACACAGAUAACUCACUCCAAAAUAACCCUAGCCCGCUCACUCACCGGAGAAUCUCCCGACGACGAAGACAUUUUCUCCGAUCAGAGGAACCUUCACGGCUUCGACAUUCGCUACGUCACACUCAGCGACGGUUUUCCCCUCAGUUUUGACCGUUCCAGAAAUCACAAUGAGUUUAUGGAAGGAUUGUUGCUCGCCUUCCCGGUUAUCGUCGAUGAGUUCAUCGGAAACCUACUAAGCUCCGAUGUAAAUCCGCCGGUGUCGUAUCUCAUAGCCGACUCUUUCUUCGUGUGGCCGUCGGCGGUGGCUAAGAAGCACUGCCUUGUUCAUAUUUCGUUUUGGACGGAACCGGCUUUAGCCUUCACCAUGUACUAUCACAUCCACCUUCUAAGACGCCAUGGCCACUUCGAUUCUCAAGAUAAUCGAAGAGAUGCGAUAAAUUAUAUACCUGGUGUGGAAGCCAUAGAAUGCAGAGAUCUGCCUUCGUACCUUCAAGAUUCUGAGCCAUGGAGUGUGAUGCACAGAUACAUAUUCAAGUCACUUGAAGAUGCCAGGGAAGCUGAUUUUGUUAUCUGCAACACCGUGUUCGAGCUAGAGUCUUCCACAAUCACAGCCUUGCAAGAGACGAAGCCAUUCUACGCGAUUGGGCCGAUUUUCCGGCGUGGUUCCGCCGUGGCGGCGGAUUUUUGGCCGGAGACGCCAGGCUGCGGGCCGUGGCUCGACGCCAGGCCGGAAAACUCGGUUCUAUACAUCUCCUUCGGGAGCCUUGUGAAUGUAGGCAAAGAGGUGAUUCAGGAGAUAGCUCACGGCCUUCUGCAGAACAGCAAACUGAGUUUUCUCUGGGCAAUCCGGAGAGACAUCACAGGGUGUGAGGAAACCAAGGUUUUGCCGGUGGGGUUUGAGGAUGAAGUCCGAGGUAGGGGUUUGGUGGUGGCAUGGUGCAGUCAGAUUGAGGUGCUGUCCCAUUCUGCGACGGGAGGAUUCUUAACUCACUGCGGAUGGAACUCGGUUCUCGAGAGUGUGUGGUGUGAAGUUCCAAUGCUUUGUUUUCCUCUGUUAACGGAUCAGUUCACUAACAGGAAACUGGUGGUUGAUGACUGGAAAGUGGGAAUGAAUAUGUGUGGUGGGAAGGAAGUUGGAAGGGAAGAAGUUGCAGAGAACAUGAAGCGCCUCAUGAAUGAUGCAGAGGGGUUGAGAGAGAAUAUGAAAGAAAGAAAGAAGACAUUGCAAAAUGCUUUGUCUCCAGAUGGAUCUUCAGAGAAGAAUUUUGAGCAAUUCAUGCAUGAUAUCAAGCUCAAGAUUCAACCGAAAAGCAGCAUAUCUACAUAGCAUAGUUAGGCAGCCAACUCAGCGGGUCAGACUAUUGACUUAUUAACCGCAAGUUAAAGUUCAACUCCUAGCAACGAGUGACCAACUAGGCUGGUGUAGGGUCACAAGGCGGGCACUCUUUGCAAUCUACACAAUUAAAACAAAAGCAUUUCAUUGUCCUUCUAAUGGAACCAUCAUCAUUCAUAAUAGAGGGGAGAAAAAUUAGCCUCUGACUCAACA